AACGACGAUCGAGCGCAUUGGCGAGGAUACACCACCCUUACUACACUCGUCUGUUCUACUUUUGUUCACAGGACUAGCUGCUUUUGCGUGUCAGCGCCUAAGAUUAAGGUCUGUUAUUAUGUAAGGGACAGAUAAAGCUUUAGCAUUCCUGCUUCGCUUGUACCUGAGGCACGGCCAGUGCCGACGAAAGGAGAUGGAAACUAAGGGACAACUGUCGUUAAUGCAUGUUGACGACCAAGUCGAUCGGUCGCGCGUCUGGCGCUAUCUGAUAAAGAAAGUGCAGAAUUAGAUUCUCAACUACUGUUGUGGGAGUAGCUAGAGAGAGUUCAUAGUUCAGUAGUCAGCGACAACUACAACUGAGGUACGUGUGCUUUUUUAAACGCGCGUCCGUCAGCCCCGGAAAUGGAGGCCAAUCCGAUCUUCCCGCCUCGAAUUAUGUUCGGACAAGGCAAACGAACGAUGACCCUGCUGACCGAGGAUGGAUGCGUGUACCCGAUCAUUGCUCACGACGCCAAGAACGACCGUCCGGCGAGUCACAGGCGGUACUCUGCACCUGUGCGCAGAGGAGACAGACCCAUGCACAGAACCACUUUGCUCAUCGCCAAAGCUCCAUGGCAACCAGACUAUACGACGACAACCCGAGAGUUCUAUGGAGGCAGUAAGCAUCUGGAACCUGCGCUACAGCUGCCCCCUUCACCCUCUAUGCAUCACACUCACUUCCGUCUGGGUGGCUAUGGUGGCCAGGAAGUGGCAGAUCCCAGCUUCAAGAAAACAGACUAUGCUCAAACAUACAUUCCUAAAGACAUUAUAUCUGCCAAUCGCUUCACCUGACAUCAUUGUUCAACCAUAUCAACCAGACAGAGGGUGGAGAUGUCAAAGAUCUGGUGCAGCCUUGCAAACAGCCAGGGUCAUACUUCACACAAUACAAACGUGUUCAUGACAAAUUGGGCCACCUUCUUGGUCCAGGAGU